AUGGAUGGCAUUCAGAGAGAAACACUCGUGUUACUCUCAAUUUCUGUGAAAAAUUUGUUGGAAAACAAUUUUCCUGGUGAGCAUAUCGAUUACUGGAGCGCGAAUCGUAACCUUUCACUCUUGGAAAAGGUGGAGAGAACAAUGGUGGAUCUUCAAGAUGUACUUUAUUAUGCUAACAAGAAACUCAUCCCCACUCAAGCUAACAACAAAUCGCUGGAUUUCCUCACACGUGCUGUUUUUCAAGUUGACAGUUUGACUGAUGCUGUUUUACAAGUUGACCGUUUGCUUGGCGAAAACCAAAUUUCAGGGUAUGAUGCCGCACUUACUCCUGAACAGCUCAAAAUUAAUUCUCGUUUAAGUUUUUUGAUUGCAGUGAUUAAGUCUAAAACGGUUAAUUUAAUUCAAAUAUUAGAAGACUUUAGUUCAGGAAAACAACUUGGUGUUGAAUCUUCUAUUUAUGGUAGAGAUGCUGAUAUUGAGAAACUCAAACACCUUUUAUUGUCUGGUAGUGAUGGUGAUAGUAAAAUAAGAGGGAUUUCUAUUGUUGGUAUGGGAGGGAUUGGUAAAACAACCCUUGCUAAAUACCUUUACAAUCAUCCACAAGUAACAAGCAGAUUUGAGUUAAAACUGUGGACAGAUUUCUCAAUUGAUGUUGAUGAUUCGAGUGUUUUUGAAUCCAUUCUUAAAUCUAUUACUUCACAAGCAACCCCCAGUAAUGAUACAACCCGCAUCAAUACCAUUUACCCAAAGUUUUUGCUAGUAGUAGUACUGGAUGAUCUGUGGGACGCAAGAUUUGUCAAUUGGAGAUUACUCAUGGAUAUCUUGAAUGCUGGGAAAACAGGAAGUAGGGUCAUCAUCACAACCCGAGAUGAAAGAAUUGCAACAUCCAUGCCUACCUUUCUCUCUGUUCACUAUCUGAGACCCUUGAAAGUUGAAGAUUGCUGGACUUUACUUGCCGAACAUGCAUUUGGAGCACAUUUCUACCACCGACGAUGCUAUCUUGAAGAAAUUGGCGCAUUUAAAGAAGAAAUGCAAGAAGAAAUUGGCAGAAAAAUUGCAAAAAAGUGUGAUGGAUUACCAUUAGCUGCUGUAGAACAUGGGGCUAUUCUCCGCAUCUCAAUGGACCCAAAUGUUUGGAGUUACGUGCUAGAAAGCCACGCUCGGGAAACAACUUAUGAGGUGCUAGCUUCUCUCGAAUUGAGUUACAAAUUCCUUAUUUAUCCUUUAAAACUGUGUUUUCAACAUUGUUCAUUUUUUCCAAAGAAGUCCAUCUUAGAAAAAAAGAUGGUAGUUCAGUUGUGGAUUGCAGCAGGCUUAAUAGAAUCAUCAUCCACAAAUCAAGAAAAAGUUGGAGAACAAUACUUUGAUGAACUAGUGUCAAGGUCAUUGAUACAUCGGCUAUCUAUUGGUGAUGAGGAAAGAAACUUCGGAAUGCACGACUUCAUCCAUGAUUUAGCUACUGAAAAGGUUUCAUCUUACUCUUUCAAUAUGGAUAGAUUUGACCUAGAUGAUACGCCGCAUAAUUUUUCAUACAAUAGAGGGACAUAUGAUUCAUAUGACAAAUUUGAUCAAUUAUACGGAUUAAAAAAUUUGCGUAUCUUUCUGGCAUUCCCAUUACAAGAACAAUUGCCUCUUUGUUUGCUAUCUAACAAGGUAGUACAUGACUUGCUGCCAACAAUGAAACAAUUACGCGUGUUGUCUUUGUCAAGCUACAAGAGUAUCACCAAGGUCCCCAAUUCUAUUGGAAAUUUGUCAUACAUGCAGUACUUAAAUCUUUCUCACACUAAUAUUGAAAGGCUGCCUACUGAAAUAUGCAAGCUUUACCGUUUGCAAUUUUUGUUGUUGGCAGGCUGUAAAAGGUUCACUGAAUUGCCGGAGGACAUAGGAAAAUUGGUUAAUCUGCGGUACCUUGACGUUAGUGACACUACAUUGAGGGAGAUGCCCGUACAAAUAGCCAAACUAGAAAAUCUCCACUCUUUGUCCGACUUUGUUGUCAGCAAACAUAAUGGUGGAUUGAAUAUUGCAGAUCUAGGAAAACUUCCCCACCUACAUGGAAAUCUUUCGAUCUCACAGCUACAAAAUGUUAAUGACCCCUUUGAAGUAGAUCGAGCCAAUAUAAAGAAGAAAGAACAAAUUGACGAGUUAGCUUUGGAAUGGGAUUGCAGUAGUACUUCUUUAGAUUCACAAAUUCAAAGUGUUGUACUUGAAAAGUUGCGACCGUCAACAAAUUUGAAAAGUCUCACCAUCAAAGGCUAUGGAGGAAUCAGCUUUCCUAAUUGGUUAGGUGAUUUUUUAUUCAGCAGUAUGGUGUAUUUAAGGAUCUCGAACUAUAAUGAUUGUUUAUGGCUUCCAACCCUUGGACAAUUGGGUAAUCUGAAAGAACUUGUUAUUGAAGGGAUGCAAUCAGUGGAGAGGAUUGGUAUUGAGUUCUAUGGAAGGGGUGGUUCUUCAUUUCAACCAUUUACCUCUUUGGAGAUUCUACACUUUGAGAAUAUGCAAGAGUGGGAGGAAUGGGACUUGAAUGGAGGUACGACUACAACGUUUCCUAGUCUAAAAACUUUAUCGUUAAGUGUUCAAAACUGUUGGAAUUAUAUUAAUUAG